UUUACCUCUAUUAAUUUACCACAUUCUAGCAUUGGGAUUCCUGAUAUUUCACAAAAGACAAUUAUUAAAAGGCAAAUUCGAUUGGAAAAUUGUUUGCAAAAUAUUAAAUUAAAUGCAAAGGAAAAAGAGACUGAAUGUAAUUGUUUUCUUACUGUAGAGGGAAAUAUUACUGCUCAAACUGACACACUCCUUGAUGAAGAAAUUAAUAUAGAAAAAUCCAGUGAUGUUCCUCAGAAAAAAAUUUUGAUUGAUGUUGGAGUGCAAAUAAAAAGUGGAGAUUUAAUUGAUACUUGCUUUUUACAUUUUUUAAAAACUGAUCAAGAAUUGAGUACUGCUACUGGAAUUCAAAAUUUUCAAUUGUUUGACAGUAUUGUAGCUGCUAUUAAAAUAGUUGCACCACACUUUAACAAGCACACUAGUGUAUUAAAUAUUCGUGAAAGAGUUUUAAUGACUUUUAUGAAAUUGAAACAGAAUUUAAGUUAUUCGUUUUUAUCUAUUUUGUUCCCAACGGUUAGUGUAAGAUAUUGUUCAGAGAUUAUUUGUAACAUGUUGGAUAUUUUAGGUGAAGUUUUAGAGCCAUGUAUUCAUUUUCCAUUAAGAGAUGAAAUCUUAAGAAACAUGCCAUUAUGCUUUGCUGACUAUCCUGAUACUUGCAUAAUAGACUGCACCGAAAUAGAAAUACAAAAGCCAAAAAAUUUAUGUUGUCAAAUAACAACUUACUCGACUUACAAAAGGAGAUAUACUGUAAAGUUUAUGACUGGAGUAACACCUGAUGGUAUAAUAUCUUUUGUCAGCAGAGCUUACAGAGGCAGAGCAUCAGAUAAAGCAAUCUUUGAACAAAGUCUUUUGUUGCAACGAUUAAAGAAGGGUGUGUCAGUUAUGGUAGACAGAAGUUUCCUGAUAGAUGAAUUGUGUUGUGACUAUGAUGUAAAAUUGAUUAGACCGUCAUUUCUUAAAGAUAAUAUUCAGUUUUCUAAAGAUAAUGCUAAAAAGAAUGCAAAUAUUGCAAGUGCAAGAGUGCACGUUGAAAGACUCAAUCAAAGAUUAAAAGUAUUUGAAAUACUGGGCAGUAAAAUGUCCUCAUGUCUUAUACCAAAAAGCGAGAAAAUUAUGACUAUUUUAUGUGCAAUAGUAAAUCUAAACAGUCCCAUUUUCAAGAAUGAUAAAUUUCUUAAUUUUUCUUAA